AUGGAAAACCACGCUUUUCGCGUAGGCAGUGAUGACGCCCGGACGCCCGCCAACAGCCCCGAAGUGUCGCAGAUGGAAUCCAGUACGACAAUCACCGAAACGGACAGCGACACGAAGAAUAUCACGUCCGCCACACGUGAGAAAUGGGGCCGCGAUAUCGAGUUCAUGCUGUCGUGCAUCGCGUACUCGGUCGGUUUUGGCAACAUCUGGAAGUUCCCGUACACGGCGCUGAAGUACGGCGGCGGAGCCUUUCUGCUGCCGUAUCUGAUCGUACUGUUUGUGGUCGGGCGACCGAUCUACUACCUGGAGAUGGUGCUGGGACAGUUCUCUAGCCGUGGCGUUGUGAAGUUGUACGACCUGGCGCCGGCUAUGCGAGGCAUCGGAGUGGCCCAAACGAUCGCAAUGUUCGUGGUGAUGACCUAUUACGCCCCGGUGCUGGCCAUAACGUUCCGCUACUUUGUGGCCUCGUUCAGCAGCACCCUGCCGUGGAGUGAGUGUGAUCCUUCGUGGGCAAACUGUAUCAACUCGUCGUUCACCGGCAAACAGAACUCCUCCAACGUGUCGAGCUUGGUGAAGUCAUCGGCGGAGCUGUACUUUAACAUGGACAUCACGCACAAAGCACCCUCCCUCGACAACGGCCUGGGGAUGCCGGAUUGGCGGUUGACGCUGUGUCUGCUGUUCGCUUGGAUAGUGGUCGCUACGAUCCUCGUGCGGGGUGCCAAAAGUACCGGCAAGGCAUCGUACUUUCUGGCCAUCUUUCCGUACGUCAUUAUGGUGGUGCUGCUCAUCCAGACGCUCCUUUUGGAUGGAGCAAUGGACGGGAUAAUGUAUUUUUUCAAACCCCAAUGGGAUCAGCUGUUGAGCGUGAAGGUUUGGUACGAAGCGGUUACGCAGUGCUUCUUUUCGCUGUCCGUUUGUUACGGAGGGAUCGUCGCCUACUCGUCCUUUAACAACUUCAGCAACAAUGUCCACCGGGACGCAGUCAUUAUUUCCUGGCUGGACACGUUCACCUCGAUCAUCGCCGGUUGCAUCGUGUUCGGGGUGAUCGGGAACCUGGCGUACGUGAGCGGUGAGACGGACAUUCAGAAACUGGCCAGUAGUGGAGCGGGACUCACGUUCAUCACCUACCCGGACGCGAUCGCCAAGUUCCAGUUUCUGCCGCAGCUGUUUGCGGUCUUGUUCUUCCUGAUGCUGUUCGUCGUCGGAGUCGGCAGCAAUCUGGGUGUGACGACGAGCAUCAUCACGGCCAUCCGCGACCAGCGGCCCGACCUGAAACAUUGGUGGGUGGUGGCGGCUACCGUAACGGUUGGGUUUUUCCUUGGCCUGCUCUACCUCACGCCGGGUGGCUUCGAGUUUCUCGACGUGGUCGACUACUACGGCGCGAAAUAUGUGUCGCUAACGUUUGCCGUGCUCGAGCUGGCGACCGUCGCCUGGGUUUACGGUGUCGAUCGGAUCUGUCGCGAUAUUCAGUUCAUGCUGGGCAUGAGCACCUCGCUCUACUGGCGCCUGUGCUGGGGUGUGAUUGCCCCGAUCGCAACGCUGCUCAUUCUGAUCUUCAGCUUUACGGAGUUUGAACUGCAGAAGGUCCCGGUGGGCUACAACGUGCUCGGUAUCUUUAUCUACGCGCUUGCCGUUUUACAAUUGCCCGGCUGGUACAUCUAUGCGGUCCGUCGGCGGCGUCGUAAGCAAACGGAAUCACUGCGGAAGGCGGCCCGGAACGCCCUGAAGCCGCUGGAUGUUUGGGGUCCGGAGGACGACGAACUUCGCAGUCGGUACCAGGCGGAGGAGGAAGAAUUCGAACGCAGCAAAACCGCCCCGUUGGGCUUGGCCCAGCGCAUCCGGCGACGAGUCUUCAACAUGACCUGAGCCAACCCUCCUCGAUGAUAUUAGGCUGUGUAGAGCUUUUAUCUAGGUGCGUAGAUGAACGUUUAGACCGAAACCGUAAGCUUUUAGACUCCCCAACCGCACUGCACUGUGCUGU